CAACUGGGAACAGGCGACGCACAGAUUUGUGAUGAAAGAGAAGUGGGUUGGGUGACUCAAUGUAACAGAUGAGGGUAUUAGACUAAAAGUGCUCAACUUUUGCAAACUUAGAGGAGAAAUAGUGCUCAAGGUUAUAUUUGGAGGAUAAAAUUAGACCUAACCUAAAAGAUAAGGGAUAAUUUUGGCCAAAAACUUCGUCAUUGUUCGUUUUUUUUCAGCAACUAGCCGUCAGUAGUAAUAACAAUGGAGUCCAAAGUCCUCCCAGUUACUCCGUCACCGACGCCGUCAAUUGCUGGCGGCGAGGGGAACUUUCAAAGUCCGGCUUCAAAAUCACCGGCGCCGGCAACCACGCCGUUAUCGGCUCAAGAAAUACGGCGAUGGAGACCGGCGGCGCAACGAAACCUGAGAAACCAGUGGUCGAAAUUGGCUUCCCUAAGGACUCAAUGGCUUGACUUAUCAUCUACUGCUCGAUUUUACGCUACCUCAGUAGUAAAUUCCUAUCUCUCCCAAAGGUAUAUGGAUGCAAUGGAGUUGGGUAUUUUGAAAGAGAUGCCUGAUAUACGUAAAAAAGCAUGUAGAAAAUUGUUCAAGCAGCAGGAGACUAAUAGGAGUAAGCUCUUGUCAUCUUACAAAGAUAUGGUGGCUGUUGUAACUCAGAUGGUCAAUAUUUCGAAAUCUAUGAGGUGUUAUCUCAAAGGAACAACUGGCACUCCACUUACUGAGUUUUCUUGCUUCCCUGGAAAUCAGAAUGAUGCUGGUGAUUGUGAUGGGAUUCCUGUUUUCACCUUUUGGUCAAUCUUUGAUUUCGAGAAACUAGCAGAGGAGCUGCUCCAGAUGUUUGUGUCAGAAACAAAUAUAAAGCGGUUGCUAGUGAUGGAAAUAUGCUCCAUUGGUUCCGAGGAUUUUUCACAAGUCGACAGGCUGAAAUGGAGUGAUGAGUUCUAUGUGGGAGAGUUUGAUGAUCUACGCAUAUGUAAUUCAAACUCAAAUGAGGUUCUUAAGCAACUCGUGCCCAGGGUAGAGAACUGCAAUUCUCAGUCUACCACUAUGCAAUCAAGUAGCCAAUUGGAGAGGAACGUUCUCCAGGUUUACUUAACAACCUGGCUUGCAGAAGUCAAUGUUGAUGGAUUCAGGAUAGGUGAAUUAUUUGCUAUGGUAAGUGAGGAGAUGCAUGUUACCAUAUCAUGAAGCCUCAACUACAUAGGUAAAAAAAAUGUAUUACAUUCUAAUGUUGCAGAAUUCCAAGAUUGGAACUUGAAGAACGCAUUGGACUUGGGCAUUCUUUGGGCUCAUCUGUGUGCCUGAAGAAGCAUUGAGCUGAUCUUCAAGCUUCUAAGAUUUUUAUCUUCAAACUUCUUCAAAGAAAUAAUGCUUAUGAAUCUGUUGGACCUGAAUAGAGGGGAAUGGAUACAAGGAUGCACAUCGAUAACCCAACUAAACUGAGGUUGAGGCAUAUAUACGUAGGAUAUAUACACACAUAUAUUGUUGAUGGAUCUAGUCGCCAAUGGGGUUGAUAAGAGUUUGAGAAGAUAUAAAAACCGACUUAAGCCGGGAUUUAGAUUGUGAAGUUGUCCAGGAGGAAUAAUCCAACUUACAAACAAACCAGACUACUGCUGUUUUCCGGGCAAUAAAUGCUAGUGUCAGUCAAUACCGCAAUAAUGGCUGCUAAAGCUGUCUUUGUUUGUAAAAGCAACCAGCGGAUGAAGUGCCAACAUCAACAUCAAUAAAUUUAGUAAUAUGAAAGUGCAGAGGCUCGGUGCUAGGAAGAACCACUGUGACUGACAAUUCUCUAACUCCAUUUUCUUUUUCUUUCCCCUGAUUUUACCAUUUGCAUAAAAAUUGAUAUUAACAUCAGAAGAAGCUUUAGACAGGUGAUCUUAAUUUCACAAAGCGAUGCUUUGUAUGUGGUUACAGUCUUUUGAAGAUGGAUCUCAUGAAAGACUUCGUCUCC